CAGUCGCGGGUAUCCACUUGAUGGCAUUGAUCCCAACCUGGUGCGCUUCGGAGAAAUACGCGGCCGGAGGCAAAGUAACGUUUUGGUUUCCUCGUUCAGUUCCAAGAGAUACUUCAAACUGAAUGUUUUGACGGAAUGCACUAUUUCUUUCCAUCCAUUUGAAAGGACUGUACUCAAGCAAACCAUCCCUUGCUAAGGCAUCAGAAGCUGAUAUUCGUGACUUUACUUGCGCUCGGUUAACUGUUUUGAAGCCACCCAAUUGGAAUCAGCAUUCCAAAAAUGAUGACAACUCGGGAUCGGUGGAGGGUGUACAAGCGGGUGUGUGUCAUGUUCUUUCUGGCUGUAGUGACAUUGACGGUGGUCCAGAGAGGGAGCAUCGGCACCGGGGCUCCUUUCCAAAUUGAGAGGCAGGCUCGCAUGGAGGCCACCUCCGAGGGAGGGGAGGACAUGGCCCUGCAGCAGAAGAAGGGCCUCUACCCAGUGACCAACACCUUCUGGAAGGCCAGCAAGCCCAAACAAGCUGAACCUGCGGCUGCCGCCACUGGCACCAUGGAGGAGCCCAGCGUCACCCAUGAGCGAGCUGGCUCCCGGACCUGGGACGUGUCCAUUGCCAACUGCAGUGCCAACCUCAACUUUACCAACCAGGACUGGUUCAGGGGCCUGGAGGCCAACUUCAAGCAGUUCCUGCUGUACCGCCACUGCCGCUUCUUCCCCAUGCUCAUCAACCAUCCGGAGAAGUGCUUGGGGGAGACCUACCUGCUCAUGGUCAUCAAGUCCAUUGCCACGCAACACGACCGCCGUGAGGUGAUCCGCAAGACAUGGGGCAAGGAGCAGGUGGUGGACGGCAAGAAGUUGAAGACGGUCUUCCUGCUGGGGACACCGUCCAACAAGGCUGAGAAGGCCAACCACCAGAAGCUCCUGGAGUAUGAGGACUACAUCUACGGAGAUAUCCUCCAGUGGGACUUCCAGGAUAGCUUCUUCAACCUGACCCUCAAGGAGACACACUUCCUCAAGUGGUUCUCCACCUUCUGUGCCGACGUGCGCUACAUCUUCAAGGGCGACGACGACGUCUUCGUCAGCGUGGCGAACAUCUUCGAGUAUCUGAAGGCCAGCACCUACGUCAAGAACCUCUUCGUCGGCGACGUGCUCUUCAAGGCCAAGCCCAUUCGUAAGAAGGAGAACAAGUACUACAUCCCACAAGCGCUUUACAACAAGACCCACUACCCUCCAUACGCUGGAGGAGGUGGGUUCCUCAUGGAUGCGCCCCUGGCCAGGAGGCUCUACUGGGCCUCAGACUCUCUGGAGCUGUACCCCAUCGACGAUGUGUUCCUGGGCAUGUGUCUGGAGGUGCUGCAGGUCACGCCCAUCAAGCAUAAUGCCUUUAAGACAUUUGGCCUGGUCAAGAACAGGAACAGCAAGCUUAACCAAGAACCUUGUUUCUUUAAGAGCAUGAUCGUGGUCCACAAGCUGCUGCCGCCGGACCUCAUACACAUGUGGAACCUGGUGAACAGUAAUCUCAUCUGCUCGCAGAAAGUGGAGAUCUUAUGGCCUGUUGGAGGGGAGAAAAGAACCUCAUGAGCUCGUUCUUGGGUGGGAACCCCGGGGGUGGGGUAAGAGUUGGGAAUGUGUGAACGGGGAGGGGUGGGAGGCAGAUGUUAACUUAAAGUUGACAUCCAAUUCAGAAAAGAACCUGGACAAUAUUUAAAAAAAAAAAUAUGUACUGCAUCGCAGUGGAGUGGAAUCAUCCAUUGUUGGAAGUAAAUGAUCUGGAAAUGUUUUUUAAGAAACAUUAAUUGCUUUUGAAUUAUUUAUAUUCUGGUGGCAUUUUGUAGGACUCUCAAUGUCAGCAGGCACAUUCAGAGACACCAAACCAAGGGGCUUGAGGUAGUGGAAGACAGUGCUGCAAAGGACAGCGAGCUGCCUCACGUUGUUACACAUCCCUUUGACUGUGUAUUGAAUGUCCAACACCUUGUUCAUUUUGACCAGGCUUUACCGAUACUGUAGUAACAUGGACCUCAUAAGAUAGGACGAAAUAAAGUGUCUUUACCUCACCAAUGUAGUUUAAAAAGUCCCCUUCUCACAUGGGUAGGCAUUUGAAUAAUAUUUAUUUCUAACCGAUGGAGUUAUUUGUCAAGGCAUCAAUGUCUUGUAGGCAUAUUUGACCAUGUUAAUAGUUUUUAAAAAUCAUCAUGUCAUUUAUUUUAUUACAUCUGACCCUGCAGUCCAAUGUAGAGCUAGCCAUUGUUAUGGGUCACUGCACUUCAGUGAGAUUGUUCAGUUUUGAAAUUAAACUUGAUCUGGACUUCUAAUCGUGUACUGGAAACUAAAAAAGAUGUCCAAACUCAUUUCUGUAUACUGUAUGUGUCCAUGGAUUUGAAUGUGCUGAUAUAAAUUUACUUGACAUGAAUUGGGUUGAGGGUUUACAUUGAAACUGUGAAUAAACUACUGCUGAUACAUGUAUGAUAUAAUGUUAAUAGCCCCGCAGACGAGGGGAGCCCAAGAGGGUGUUUGAUAUUUAAUUAAAUGCGGGAAAGGUUGGAAUUAAUGUGCAAAGAUUAUAGUGCUGAAUGUUUAGAGGGCGGUGAUUAUGUGUGGAUGAUGUACAUAAAUGUAGAAAAUCAAAAUGUAUAUAGGUCAAAUCAGAUUUCUAAAUAAACAUCUAAAAAUCA